AAUCAGGUCUUUUGAUCAUAACAAUAUUCUGUUUACAACUAAUUCUCCUCCUAAUAUGGUAUCAGAGCUAGCCAAGUUCAGCUAGUCGAUCCAAUCUUCUCUCUUCUCCUGCAAUCCCAAAAAUUCCCUUUUCUUCUCAAAGCAAAUCCACAGAGUUCCUUUCGUUUUUUUUUUCCAAGCCUAUCUUUUGGCAGGCCAUUCUUCUCCCUGCAAUUUCUUUCUCCUUCUCUGUUUACGAUCACCAUGUCUGGUAGCUCCAUUGUUGACAACACGGCCACUUCGGCUGAGGUUCCCGCCGUCAUCACGUUCAACCCGGCGGCUCAGCUUCCCCUGAAGCUCACCUCUACCAACUUCGCCUCAUGGCGCUCUCAGUUGGACACCCUGCUCAUGGGUCUUGAUCUCUUUGGCUAUAUCGAUGGUACCACCGUCGCUCCUCCUCGCACGAUUCUGGUUGGUUCUGACGAGAUGCCCAAUCCUCAAUAUCAGCACUGGUUCAGGCAAGACAAAUUAAUUCUGCACGCCCUGCGUUGCUCGAUUUCUGAAUCUAUUUACUCGUUUGUCUCUGCCGCUUCUACGUCACGGGCUGCGUGGUUGAUUCUUGAAAAGCUCUAUGCGAGCAAUGCUCAGUCCCGCGUCAUACACUUGAAAGGAAAAUUGGCCAAAACAUCAAAAGGGGACCGAGAUGUGCUCACGUUUGUGACUGAUCUUAAGAGCACGGCUGAGGAACUCGCCCUCAUCGGCAAACCUGUCUCCGACCUUGAUCUCGUCGUCUACUGUCUUCGCGGGUUAGGCGAGGAAUACGCUGCCUUUGCUGCUGCUAUUCGUGCUCGGGGGCCUGGCCUCUGUCUCGAGGAUUUGGUUGAUUCGCUGGUCGAAUAUGAGGCUGACCUCAAAGCCUGCGUGCGUCAGACUGUCCCGACGACAUUCUAUUCACAGGGCCAGCGCAGCGGCGGCGUUUCUUCGGGCGGCUCUCACAACCCGCGCUCUCCGCGAGGGUUUCCAUCCCCGCGGGCCUCUUCACCACGUCCUGCAGCAGGUGGCCAGCGGGCUUCAGGCCCAUUUCCUGACCCUUCCUAUGGGCCGCCCUCUGCAGCUCCUGGCCCACGCCGACCCACUGUGAUCUGCCAGUUCUGUGAGCGCCCGGGCCACUCUGUUUGCCAAAGCUUCCGGCUGUUUCCUCAGGCUCGUCAGGAUUAUCAGGCCCGUCAAGCCCAGGCUCACCACACGACUGCUCCUCGUGCGUCAUCCUCUAGUCCCUGGUUACUCGACUCUGCCGCCUCUCAUCAUGUGGCCUCCGACCUCGGCAAUUUAUCUCUCUAUUCCGAUUACUCAGGGCCGGAUGAGAUACUUGUUGGCGACGGCACAGGAUCUUCCAACGGGGGCGCCGUUAAUGAAGGGGGCAAAUAAUGGGGACGUCUAUGAGCUGCCUCGUGGUGUGGACACCGUUCGUCUUGCUCUAGUAACCACGUGCACAUCCUCCUCAUCCUGGCACGCUCGUCUCGGUCAUCCAUCUUCCUCUUCCCUCACCAGUCUGCUUCGCACUCAUUCUCUGCCAGUAGCAUCCUCUCCCGUCAGUAGUCAUUGUCCCUCAUGUCUUGCCAAUAAAAGUCACCGACUUCC